CAUGACGCUCGGCUGUAUUGCGGAGGUCGUUUAACAGCAACAUCAUGGAUAUCAUCACUAGUUACAAGCCCACCUUUUCUGUACCAAUCAACCAGUCAAAAUUCAAUCUCAAUACAUCUAACGUUGCUGGAUUCUUUGGUGGCGAUGAAGCGAUCGCAGCGAUGACCACUGUUCAUCUCUAUCGUGGGAGGCGCUGGCUAGGCUGGUAUAAUUCACCAGGAAGUUAUACUGUCGCCAAAAAGUUCGGGCGGCUCGCGAACUCAAGAUUCUGGGAUGGUCUUUUCCCUGGCCCAAAUCUCACGCCCGCUGAGGUAUUUGGGCUAGAUGGAAAACCUGGCCCUCGUUAUUGGGGUGUCUUCUCGGGCACAGAGAUGACCACCGGUCACCUGGCGUACCUCAUGGUACAGAAGACCAAAGAAAUUCAGCCAGAGGCGGAAGUGGAAGGCAGGGAGACUACGCCUCUGUCCGUCACCAUUGUUGAUGUCGGAGACGGAGUGGUAAAGCACUUGGACCGGGCGCCUAUGAUGAGCACCCAUCAUGCUCUCUUGGCCGCUAUUCCCAUUACAAUCAGUUUGGCGACGUGCGGGAUUUCUGCUGCUUCAGGAGAUUGGCUAGCAUUCGCCCUCAUCAUGUUAGGAAUCAUUUCAAGUGGCGUAUCUUGCCUUGUCAUGGGUACUGCUCAACUCGAAUUUGCUUCCGUCAAGGAAGCCGCUCCGGGCGUGCCGCCUGCAGACGGGUUGCUACUCAUGCGAACCGAUGUAGUCAUCCUCAGAGGCGCAGAGAAAGACAUCGAUCCAAUAACCAAAGGGAAGUUUGAUCUGAAAAUGGGUGGCGGCCCAGAGUUCAGACGAAUUGGACUCUGCUCGCUUCUCCUCCUCGCGCAGUUCCUUCUCCAGCUCCUUCUCAUCCCCCAGGCAUCGACGUUCGGGCAGAUCAUGUUCAUCUCAUCAGUCGCAGCCUCAUGGGCAUACAAUUCAUUUCUCUCGUCACUGGAACAGGAGAAAAUACAAAUCGGUGUCUUGUUGAAAGCGCUUCGUGAUCCGCCUAUGUUGAAAAUUGCACUGAAAAACAGAGCUGCUCAGGCGGUUUUUGCAUGUUUGGUUCUCAGCGAUAACGUCCGGAGGCCUUCGAAUUCUGACUUCAAGCCAAAAGAGGUGUUGCAAUGUUUCAUCCCAAAUGAAACAAGAGUAUGGAAUACAUGGAGAGACAAAGUAAUGGAGGAACUGGAAAAACACGAGGAAGAAAAGUCGUUCGACCUUAGCUCUAGUGAACUGCCCGGGUUUAGAGAUGAUGAAAAGGAACUCCUGAGGUCACUGUUUCAAGAUGCCCGCAGUGCGUAUAGAGGUUACCAGAAACACAUAAACAAGAUCAGACCCAUUUAUUCUCCGCCGUUAAACGAGAAACAAUUAUCUUGACCGGACCAAUACAUUCAAGGUUGUAUUUUGUAAUACUUGUUGUAACAUAGCAUCCAUUCGUAGAAGCAAAAAUACUAGUAUAUAUAAAUAUGUGAAAU